UUUAUUUGCAGUGCACGCCAAUGUGCUGUAGUGAACUAGUGAAUAAAUUCCUCGGUUUUUCAUCAUGACAUUGUUGCAAAUUUUCAUUCUAUCGAGUGUUUGUUGCUUGUUAUCAAGUGUAAACGGCAUUGUCCAUUACGGAGUGGAGCCAGAUCUUGAAAAGGAAAAUCCCGAAGGAGAAGCCGUCCAAAUUCUUCAUUCUCAUGGCCAUCGACAUCGUCAUUCUGGUUCUAGUUCAGGAUCUAGUUCUGAAUCUAGUUCAGGAUCUGAUUCGAGCUCCAGCUCCGGAUCUGACUCGAGCUCCAGCUCUGGAUCUGACUCGUCGUCCAGCGAAGGCGACUCUGAUGAUUCCGAUUUCUUGAUUGACGAUUCACUAUUGGAAGUCAGGUUUACAGCGUUUGGAGAUCCGGUUCAGGUGAGCCUGAAAAGGGUCAACAGUCAGUUGGCCGGUGCAACAACACCUGUGUGGUUAGCCGAAGGAUCAGACGCGGGCAACAUCACGUUUACGCGAGCCCACACUAAUGCCCUCGGGAAAGCAGUUCGUUUGUACCAAGACCGAGGCUCAGGUUCAUCAGUCCUGCUGAUCGGCGAAAAUCUCGGAGAUCCAUAUUUUCUGGGUGUGAUAGCAGGAUACAACAUUCAUCGUCCGCCACCUGAAGCGCGAAAGAAGCGCUCGGUUGCACGACGAUCACCAGUCGACGGAUACGCAGUUUCAGAUUAUCACUAUGUGUCGAGAUAUUCCAGAAGAAGGAGGGCAGCUACUUUAGAAGCUCUUUCGACAAUCGAAUCCCGCCGAAGACGGGACGUCAACAACGAGACCUCAAGCACCACAAUUUAUCCGGAAAUCUUGGUAGCGACUGAUUAUGAUCUGGGAAUCACUUCGACAACGAGCGAGGAAUUUUAUGAUCAUCUGAUCUACGUACUGGCGUUCUUCAACGGCGUCGAUCUGCUGUUCCAAGACAUCUCCAGUCCAGAAAUUCGUUUACACAUCGCUGGCAUCGUCGUCAACGCUAAUCGAGCUGCAGUACCGUACAUUCAUAACAAUAUAAGGGAUGAUGGAUCAAUCAAUGGGAGAAAAGCGGCUGAAGACGCUGGACCUUUUUAUUUUGGACACAUCGACUCCUCGGAAUUUCCAGCUGGAUCCUACGACGUUGUCGUGACCAUGACAAACACCUAUGUUUGUGAUGCAUACGAAGCGGAUAUUUGCACGCCAUUAAUUACUGGUGUGUCAACUAUUCAUCCUGUCUGCCAGAAUAAUUAUCCUGUUGUCAACAUGUCAGCUAUUAUCGAAGAUGAUUUGGCUUUCAGUGGUACACGAAUUGCUGGUCAUGAGCUGGGUCAUAUAUUGGGAGCCGGACAUGAUGGCGAUGAAGACGAGGGCGGUGGUGACUGUGACUUCCAUGACGGAUACAUCAUGUCAAGGUACAAUGUCAACAGUACAGUGAGUCUCAAGUGGUCAGCAUGCAGUAAAGCAAGUUUGCGAGAAGAACUGAGCAAUGCAACUGCUGAUUGUCUUCGCAAUCCCCCUGACUGGAAGAAAGACGGAGAGAAACUGCCACCGAUUCUACCCGGAAACCUGAAAGGUACCAACGCUCAAUGUCAAAAUCUGGGAUACGUCCGAUCUUGUCUGGGUCCUAACAUUUGUAAUGCCCUGCAAUGCACACAUGAUCCGUUCCUGUCCACCUCAAACUGCAAAAAAGUCGGAGAACCGGCAGCUCAAGGAGCUUAUUGCGGUUUUAAUCACCACUGCAUCAAUGGCGAUUGCGUUCCAGUGGAAUCUAGCGAAGUGUAGAACGAAAAAUAUAGUCAGGCUGUGUACAACCGAAACGUGGACAUAUAAUUAUUCUUAUAUCAUCAAUUCGUAUUUGAUCGUAUUUGUAUUUUGACUGAUGACUUAAUAAAUAUUUGUGUGGCAUGCA